UGUUCAUCACUUGAAUGGACUGUUGGAUGCAGAUCAGAGAGAGCAAAAUCAAAGUCAGCAUGUCAGCCUUUCUUUUGGAAGAGGAGGAACAAUAGUAUCCACAGUAUCUUGCUAUAGACAGAGGCCUCCAGACUGUGGGUCGUCAGGUUGAAACAGACUAGUAGCAGGGAAAAUAUCAGACAAAAACAGGCUUGAUGGGUGGGCAGGUUAGCAAGGCCAUUGGAGAGAAAAGAAGAAGCAAAUAGCUGAUGGGAGACAGAGAAACAUAUACUUUUGUACAAAUAGAUUUCAGUGUAAUCCCAACAAACAAACAAAAGAAACCAACAACCAGAAAGACCCAUAGGUCACAAGCAAAUGCAGAAUGGAACAACAAAGCUAAUGUUACCGUGGAGAAGCAAUCAGCCAAGCUGGGAAGAGGAGAUUGUCUCUAAACUCAGUAGUGUGCCUUGAGCACAGAAAGCUGAUAGUAAAGAAGUAAACAUAGUUUACAACUGUGGCAACCACAGAGGCAAAGCCUGCUCAGUGACAGGAAUGAAGACUGUUCCAGAGAUCUGUGACCAGGAGCUGGGAACAGGCACAAAGAACAAACAAUGUCUUCAGGAAAAAAGCCUACUUCUGUGUGCACUUCUUCUCAGUACUCUCCUUGGUUUUGCGUUACUCAUCACCUACAUCGUGAUGACUUGUGCUCUAGGAUCAUGUGAUGUUGAACCGAGUCUUGCACUGUUGGCCAGACUCCUGAAUUCUAGGAAUGACACUGUAGACCCCUGUGAGGAUUUCUACAAAUAUGCUUGUGGCAGCUGGGAAGGCAAACACUCAAGCACAGAAGUAUCACAAAACAUCUUUGAUAUGUUGUUGGAAGAAAACCAGCUGAUAUUGAAAAGGCUUUUAGAGGCCCCACACUUUGAGAUAAGAGGCUCAGCUAAGGAAAAAACAAUCCAGUUCUAUCGUUCCUGCAUGGAUACCCAAAGGAUAGAAUCCCAAGGAAAUCAACUAUUGAAGCACCUCCUAAAUCAGGUUGGUGGAUGGAACAUCACAGGCAUAGGGAAAGCAAAAGAUUUUAAUGAAACUCUUCAGAUUCUCAUGGGCAGAUACAACACUUUUCCCUUUUUCAGAGUGCAUGUGGGACCUAGUCCUUUCGAUCCCAAGACCAAUGUAAUUCAGAUUGACCAUCCUGAGUUUGAGAUGCCAGCUGAAAGCAAAUUCAAAAAGAAAAAUUAUCUUGAGGUUCUCCGUGUGUAUCUCUCAUAUUUGGAGAAAUUGGGGGACCUACUUGGAGGUCUACAGGAUGGUCCUCCUCAUUCCUUUUCUCUUACCUUGUCCUUCAUCUCCAAUCUCCAGCGUGUUGUUACCCCACUGCAGGAAAGACAGCAGAGGGGAAUGCUAUUCUUUCGCACUACUAUUAGGGAGUUACAGGAAAAAGCACCUGCUAUUGACUGGUUGUCAUGUCUCCAGGCUGUCUUCCAUCCUAUGCCAAUGAACCUCUCUCAGCCAAUUGCAGUGCACGAUAUGGAUUACUUAAGAGCCAUGUCACAGCUCAUUGAAGAAUGGCACAAAGAAAGGGUCCCGCACAUCUAUAUGAUUGUUUGUCUGAUUGGGAAUCUUUCCCCUGCCCUUGAUAGUCGAUUCCAAGAUGCACGCCAGGAGCUAUCUAAGAUUCUUCAUGGGAAAAUGGAAUCUAAAGUGAUCCCAGCUGAGCGCUGGAGGAAGUGUUUGACUGAUACCAGUUCUUUCUUUGAGCCAGUCCUAGGGCAGAUGAUUGUGAAAGAAAUUUUCCCUCAGCAGAACAAGAAACUUGCUGAGCAGAUGUUCUCUGAGAUCCAAGAUGCCCUCUAUGGUCAACUGGAUCAGUUGGAGUGGAUGGAUGAACAAACUCGCCAAGAAGCUAAAGUCUUGGUGUCCAAACUACAAGUGGAAAUUGGCUAUCCAGCUUACAUACUCCAGACUGCCAAAGUGAACCUGGAAUACCAGAAUCUGGAGAUAAAUGAAGACACUUUUUUCCUAAAUGUGGUGGCUUGCUUGAAAAGGAUGAGGGAGAAUUCAUUCUCAAAGCUCCUUCAGCAUCAUUCACAAGAUAUUUGGCAGGUGGCCCCCUGGGCUGUCCAUUCAUACUACUCACUAAGGCACCACGUGGUGGUCUUCCCUGCUGGAAUGUUCCGCAGCCCUUUUUUCCACAUGAAGUUUCCCAGUGCUGUGAACUUUGGAGCCAUUGGGGUCUUCAUGGCACAUGAACUUCUUCAUGCAUUUUAUCGUUAUGUGCUUCCUGGUGGCUGUCCUACAUGCAACAGGAGUGUGCUACAGAAAUCUAUAGAUUGCUUGGUCGAACAGUAUGAAAGUUUUGGCUUUAAGGUCAAUGGUACUUUCACACUGUUGGAGAACACAGCAGACACUGGAGGGCUUGCCAUUGCUUACCAGGCCUAUAAGAAUUGGCUGAAAAAGCACAAACAAGAGGAGUAUUUACCAAAGAUUGGACUUUCACACGACCAGCUUUUCUACCUCAGUUUUGCUCAUGCAAUGUGUGGACACCAGGAUCCUGAGGAAUUAGAGUCUUCCUUGGAUACAGAUCCACAUAGUCCCUUGCCACUUCGUGUCUAUGGACCUGUCAGCAAUAACCAGGACUUUGUAAAACACUUCCGUUGCCCCCGUAGAUCACCAAUGAAUCCAGACAACAAGUGCCACAUCUGGUAAUCAAUAUGAAAAAGGAGGAAGAGAGAUAUGACCCCAGGGAGAUGAAAUCUUGAGCUGUGAAAGUAUGACUCAUGGGUCAUACUCAGGGCCAGUGGAGUGAUGUGGAGCUUUUAUUUACUCUUCUACCUUCCUUUUCUUGUUAUCCUUUUCUCAGCAGUUUAUGGUAGGAAUCGUCUCAAAUUGAGCUCAUAAGAGAAAAGGCCCUCUUCCUGCUGCUCCCAGCACUGUCUCAGAUGGGACAACUCUGUAGUUCAGCAAGUCCUAAGGUAACAAGACAACCAGUCCCUAGUAGGUAGCUUCUGAGGAGUUGUUAACAGAAGGACUGUUGCAUCAUUAGGCUCUCUGUUCAGUGCACUUCCUUGUCCACUCCAGCAACCUCACAGUCAUGUUGAAUGGGCAGGGCAAUAUGCUAGAGCCCUAAGACUUGUUCAUACAAGAUUGUAUCUUAGAAAAAUCCUUUGGGUUACAAUGCAAACCACAGAAGUAAGUUACCAGUGAGAGAAGAACCCUUUUAUCUUCUUCGGUAUAUAAAUGGAGAUAAGUUGUAAGGAAAAAUUAGUGGUUCCAGUUUCAAGUCUAAAGAUGAGUCAUUUAAUCAUGAAGGUUAUUCAUGUAUUCCACAUGGAAACAUCCUCUUUGAGGGAAGUGGGACUGGGAGUUGAAAAUUGUUUCUUUCUUUCUUUACCAGAAAGAUUCCUCUUUCUUAGUCUCUCUUUAGGGUUUAGGAUAUGGUUAAAGGUGAAGCAUGAGGUAGUCACAAGGGUUUGUAGAGGUAUCUGAAGAUCAUUAACUGGAAUAUUCAGAAUUCUCUGGAUCCUGAACCAGGCUUUCUCAUCCCUACAUUUGUAAAUAUUUACAAUCCAAACAGAGGAGUUUAUCUGUCAUAAAAUAUAAUAAAUACUCGAAACUGAAUUUAGGUAAUAAUUUACUUUAGAGGAAAAGAAGAGUAAGAAAUAAUAUAUUUUAGGGUAGCAGGAGAUGUGCAUGAAAUACAUUCUCAAGAGCAACCUAAUAAUUACAUCAAUUCAAUUUUCUAAAAUUUCCCCAAAUCAAGAAGCAUUCAAAACUCCCCCACAGUUUGCAUACUCUUAGAACUGUUCUGUUUAUUUUACUUAUUAUAUUGAAUCCCUGGAUAUUGUUUGUGGAAUAGAUAAGGGCAAGUGGAAAGAAGAAGAAAGAAAAAAGCCCUUUGAUUACAAACUGUUUAUGGCCUGGUCUGUUUCUUUAUUUGGCCUGUUCUCUGCACGAACAGAGUACAUAGCUGAACUUCACAACUAAUAGAUAAUAAUACAUUAUGAUAAUAGGAUUUAUUUAACCAUUAUAAAAACAAACAAAACAAAAAAGAAAAUUAGUUUUUUUAAAGAUAUUUAUCUUUUAAGCACUGUAUACUCUUCCUCUACUUGUUUAAUCAACUUUGUCCUAGCAGCAUGUUCAGAACAUUCAGUCUUUCUUUCAGUUGUUAAAAUAACCAACUGUAUGUAACAUUAUACUACACAUUGUUUGUAUUACAGCAGUUAUUUCACUGGACUUAGACUACUUGGCUUCUUUGUUUAUAAUGUACAGAAAAAGAGACAGUCUGUGACUUGA